AUGUCGCUCGCACUGGCCCGCCCGCCCUCGGCAGAUGCAAGCAAAGUCAUUCGAAAAGCGUAUAGAGACUUUGAGUCUAUUGUCAACGUAUCUGAUGCUCGCCGAUUUCGCAACACGACGAUUAACGACAUUGCGUCGGAUUACAUCGAAGCGUUCGAAGUCCUGAUCAAGUCGUAUGCGAGAAUCGGCGAGUCACUUAGCAGGUUUGAACUACUGGGAACUGUCUUUGUGCACAACCAUGGAUUUCAACGGAUUCUGGCAGUCUUCUAUGCCGACAUCCUCCAGUUCCACAAAUGUGCUUAUAAGUUCGUUACCCUCAAUGGAUGGAGAACGUUCUUCCUAACAACUUGGGGUCGAUUUGACAGGCGCUUCAAGAGUCUGCUGGAUGACCUGAAGUAUCAUGCUGACCUUGUCGAUAAGGAAGCGAUGGCCUUGAACGUUGCCAACAUCCAAUCAAUCUUGGACAAACUCGAGUCCGAUAGGCUUGAAAACCUGGAGAGGAUCGAACAGGAGGAAAAAUCAGAGACCGAUAAGCAAUACCAAGCCGUUCUCACGCGACUCCAAAUAGACGAUUCCGACCAGAAAACCUUAUGGGAAGGGCUUCUCGAGGCUCUUGAUUUCCAAGGAACUUGCAGCUGGGUGCUAAAGCACGACAAAGUGGCCUCUUGGCUUCACGAUAAGGGAGAGACUCGAUCCAUCUGGCUGUAUGGUUCGGCAGGGUCCGGUAAGAGUGUUAUUUCGGCGUGUCUUGCCAAGUUUCGGGUCGGAGACGAGCGGAUGGUGGUUCGCCAUUUCUGCAACAGCCUGUACGACUCCUCGACGAACUAUGAGAAAAUCCUAAAAUCCAUAAUCCGACAGCUCCUGCAGUGGAGCGACGACUCGACGGCAUAUAUAUACAAGACUCUAGCCGUUGAGAGAAAGAUGUUGUCCCUCUCUUCUCUAGAGAUCGCAGUGCAGGAACUCGUCACAAUCGUAUCUGGGUCAUUCCAGGAAAGGGGGCUCGUGUGGAUUAUUUUGGACGGCUUGGACGCCUGCGAGCCGAGCUCCUUGGCUCGGCUCGUUGCCUUGAUGGACGUGAUCACGUCCAAGGAAACUGGAAUGUUCCUUUACGCGAGACUUAUAAUAGAUUUCAUCUCAGUUCAGCUCUUCCUGACCGGAGGCGAGUUCAAGCGGGCUAUCGAUGAGCUUCCCCCUGAGCUGAAGGGCUUUUACGAAAAGAUUCUGUCUAGCAUCUUUCACGGGCUCGAUCCUAUUUCAACCCAAAGGAUCAAACGUGUACUAGGCUGGGUUGCAUUCGCUGAGCGCCCACUCAAGAGGCUAGAAGUUCUCUCAGCAAUCACCUUUAGUGAAGGUGUUGCCAACCCAGAGAGGUUGGCCCCGUACUUCUUCCUCCAAGACUGCUCAACUUUGGUCGAGGAAAGGCAUGACAAAACCGUCGGCUUCAUCCACGUGUCUGUCAAGGAGUAA